AUGGCAGGCACCUAUAAGUACCUUGGUCUGACUGCCGAUACUGAUGAGUAUAUCAGCAUGCUCCCCGGCGAUUUCGUUGCUAUGUCUUACCUCUCCUCCAUCACGUAUGGUCAGCAUAUGGUGGAUAUGAUGAACGCUGGUGAGAUAGACUUGGUGGCAUUUGGGAAUCAUGAAUUCCAGUUCAAGAAUAAGUGCCCUCCUGCAGACCUCGGUAACCAUCCCGAGUAUAAUGAUGUGUGUGUUGCAUGGAAUAUGGCCACUGGCAACUUCCUCUACCUCAGCAAUAACGUCUUUGAGGAUGCUAAGAAGACCAAGCUAUUCGGUUCUACUCUGAAGGUCCCUGAUGAGAUCUCAUUUGUCAAUGCCACCGUGCCAAAGAACAAGAAGAUCUUCAAUGAGGAGACUAGCUACUACGCUCCCUCUGGUGACUACUGGUUUAAGAUGGUCAAGGGCAAGAAGGUUUGCUUCACUGGCACCACUGAGACUUCGGCCGCUAGUGAUAUUGCGGGGAAGAGUAACGUGUGGUUCUCCGAUAUGAUGGAGUCCGCAGUCGAGGCUGCUCGCAAGAUGAAUGAGGAUGGUUGCAACUUGGUUAUCAUCCUCACUCAUCAGCGUGAGGGUUAUGAUGUCCUCUUAUGGAGGAAGGCUGUUGUGGAAGAGGGUAUCAAGAUCGAUGCUAUCAUUGGUGCCCAUGAUCACUUCCCUGCUUUCUUGAAUCUUCAACACCCCACUAAGCCUGAUAUUAUAACUCCUGUGUGGAAGAUGGGUAUGGAUGCUCAAAUCCUCGGCAAGUUCGUAUUUGACUUUGAUGAUCAACAUCCUAAUGGUAAACUCCGCUUCGCUCAUGCCAUUCCGGUGUUGGAUGGUCAGUGUGAUCAGCACUUCAUCGGUACGGACAAUGAGGAGUGGUGGAACAAUAACGUGAUGCAGACCUGGUCACACUGGGUACAGCCUAUCAAGCCUCUCCAGGAUACUAACAUAAGCAAUUUGUUAUUUGCUGGUUU